AUGAUCCUGGAAGAACAGCGUUUCCUCCACGAGGAUCUUGAGCGCCUCGAGCAAGGUAUUGCCGACCGCAUUGGCGAUGAGCCAAAGAACAUUCGCGAUCGUCUCACACGCGACCACCAGAUUUCCCAGUUCCUCGAUCGCAUUUCCUCUCAGUCUUCCAAGCUGCUAGCUAUCUACAACGAUGCGGAUAACUCGAGGUCAAAAGAGAUUCAGCAGAUUGGCACGGGCGACCCCAUGGAAGAAUUCUACAAGCAGCUUGGCGAGGUCAAGAACUUUCACUCGCGAUACCCGAAUGAGCCCGUCGAAAACCUCGAGCGCGCAUACAAGCCCAAAAAGACAUCUGAAGGCGACUUCAUUAGCAAUAACGUGGACUCCAUGUUUACCGGAGAGGAAGCGUUUGGCCGCUUCUUUGACCUUCACACCUGCCACGAAUCCUUCCUCAAUCUUCCCAACGCCAAGCGAUUGAGCUACUUGCAAUACUUGGACCUGUUUGACAACUUCACGGCUGGUGCUGGUGGUCUCAAGAGAAGCGAAAAGCUGACCAAUCAAUACUUCCGUUAUGUUGGAGAGCUGGCGCAAUACUUGGAGUCGUUCAUGCGGAGGACGAGACCUCUGGAGAAUAUUGACAAGGUUAUCGCAGAGUUCGACAAGGAGUUUGGAGUAUCCUGGGAGAGUGACUCGGUGGAAGGCUGGAAGCUCGAAUCGGGUGCCUCCAUCGUGCAAGCCAGCACAGCCGACGCUGUUUAUUGCGAGGAUUGCGAAAAGGAGUUUAAAAACGAAAAUGUCUACAAAGGCCAUCUCAACGGAAAGAAGCACAUCAGAGCCGCCGCAGAUCGCAAGAAGCGGAUAGAAGAGUCGGGAGAAGCAUCUAGCACGUCACAAGGGCCUAGAGGCGGCGAGUCUGCCGCUCGACUGAAGGAGCGCGCCAUUGCCGAGAGAGAGCACAGAGUCAAGAAGCUUGCCGCUGCCAUGAGCACAGAACGUGGCGACACGAGAGUGAAUGUCGAGCGUAAGCAAGGUAUGACGGAGCGUGAGCGCCAGCAGGAGCUGGACAACCUGUACAGCUCUACUGCUGCCGUCGUGCAAGGGCCAGAGAAUGAAGAGGGCGAAGAAGGCGAUGACGACGACAGGAUAUAUAAUCCUCUAAAGCUGCCGCUCGCAUGGGAUGGCAAGCCCAUCCCGUUCUGGCUGUACAAGCUGCAUGGAUUGGGCGUUGAAUUCCCCUGCGAGAUAUGUGGAAACUUUGUGUACAUGGGCAGGAGAGCAUUCGACAAGCAUUUCAACGAGGCACGGCAUAUUUACGGUCUCAAAUGUUUGGGCAUCACGAACACUGCGCUUUUCAGGGAUAUUACAGCCAUUGAUGAAGCGACCAGGUUAUGGGAAAAGAUUCAAAAGGAGAAGAGGAAGGACAAGGACGACGGAAGUCUGGUUCAGAUGGAGGAUGCCGAGGGUAAUGUCAUGCCUGAAAAGGUGUACUACGAUUUGCAAAAGCAGGGUCUGCUAUGA